GUGCAGCUGGAGAGACCAGGACGCUUCCGUAAUUUUGCGGGUCCUUUUGUGUUUCUCUGAGUCCCGAGCUCCAGUUCUUUUCUUCAGGGCUCUGCGUUCUCUGCUCCUAGAGGCCAAGCCUCUGUGGCCUUGUGUUCUGCGGGUAUUCACAGAUUUAUGGCUAAAAGACCGGGAUCCCCUGGAAGCCGAGAAAUGAGACUGUUGACAUUCAGAGACAUAGCUAUAGAAUUCUCUCUGGUGGAAUGGCAAUACCUGGAUCAUGCUCAGCAGAAUUUAUAUAGAGAUGUGAUGUUAGAGAACUACAGAAACCUGGUUUCCCUGGGUAUUGCUGACUCUAAGCCAGACUUGAUUACCUGUCUGGAGCAAAAUAAAGAGUAUUGGAAUAUAAAGAGAAAUGAGAUGGUAGCCAAACACCCAGUUACGCGUUCUUAUUUCACCCAAGACCUUCAUCCAGAGCAGGGCAUAAAAGAUUCACUCCAAAAAGUAACACCGAGAACAUAUGGAAAAUGUGGACAUGAGAAUUUACAAUUUAAAAAAUGCUGUAAAAAUGUGGAGAUACCAAUUUUUCCUGAAUGUCUCAGAGUGAAUACUGGGAACUGAGAAUGCUCAGUGUUUGGAGUUGAUUACUGGAAACAUAGUUAACACAUUUCUUCUAUAUUAUAAAGAAAUUUUAUGAAUCUUACUCUGCCUCAGAAAGGCUUUUAGUAAAAGAUUGCUCAUGU